AUGGCUGAGCAAAAGGGCGCAGACGCCAAGGAACAGGCGAAACCCGAAACCAAAAAGGUUGAAACGCCUGAAUUCCUCAGGAAAGACAGCACCCUUUCCACCAAAUCUGUGUCUAAAAUGGUCGCUACGGCGACACAGAGACAUGACCGCUGGUGCUUUGAAUCUAACGCGAAAUCGUCUCAGGCCGAUGCGAAUGAACAGUCCAGUGCGCCGAGCUCCCCUACGCGGGAGUCGCUAAAGAGGAUUCCCACCGGGUGUGUAAAGGCUGCAAUCAACUGCUUCGAAUCCGGUCCGCAAACUGAAACUGGAACGGCGGUUGAAAAGAAACCUGUCACGGAAUCGAAGGCAGCCGUCCCGGCCGCCAAGGUGGUGCCUCCCAAGCAGGUUCAGACUGUGUUCGAAAAUAACCCAGUGGCCAAGUCGACCGCCACCAUCAGGGCGUGCGAUGCAGUGCCGUUCCAUGAGGCGCCUUCGGUGUUCGAGAACGAGCCCGUCGCAACCUCGAAGGCCGAUGCGAGGGCAUGCGACUCCCUGCCACUGCGCCAGGCCGAAGCCGUUUUCGAGAACAAUCCAGUCGCCGCCAGCGCUGCGGAUGCCAGGUCAAGCGAGGGCAAUGUCACGAAGGUCACCAGCGGAACUUUCGAGAACGUCCCGCAAGGGAAAUCGAUGGCGGAUGUGAAGCACAGUGACAAGGUCGCGAGAUGCUCUAGCGGCAUGUUCGAAAACACCCCCAAGGAGAGGUCGUCGGCAAGCGUGCGACACAGCGACAAGCCACCUGCUGCUGAGAGCCAAGUGUUCGAGAAUGUGCCCCAGCUGAAGUCGAGGGCGACGGUUAAGUACAGCGACCCAGUCGCGCGCGGAUCCAGUGGCACCUACGAAAACACGCCGGAGGAGAAGUCCAGUGCCACUGUAACUAGCAGUGAUACGCUUAAGAAGCUCUCCAGCAGCACCGGCGGUAUCGAUGAAAUCUCAGGUGAGCUUAAAUCAAGUGGCAGCGUCAAGUACGAGGAUUCCAUGACGACCACUGCCAGCGCCGUCUUUGAAAACGAACCCGAGUUGAAGUCUAAGGCUUCGGUGAGAUAUAGUGACGUGUUGGAUACGGCCGUCCAAGCUCUCUCCGAAAAGGUUUCAGGCACCUUCGAGAAUGAGCCGGCGCUCAGGUCCAGUGCGACCAUCAGGUACGACGAGAAGCUGCAGAACACCCACUCCGGGACGUUCGAGGCCCAGAAAUCUGAGAAAAGCUCUGCCGACUUCACGUCGGGUGGCUCUCUGAUGAACGAACUGCACGCCACCAUGGCUGAGUGCCGUAUCGAUUCCGACAAGUGA